GCAUAGAUGAUAUAAAAUGAAAACUGCAGAAUGGAAUUACAAUCUUAUAUAAUCCAAAACCGAGAUGGAGGGAAGUCAAUUCGUGUGUUUCUUUUUUGGUCCGUUUAGGUUUUCUGUUGUUUGUUCUUGUUCUUGUUUUUCUUUUCUUUUUUUCUCUUUUUUUAUGUACGGUUGUUUUGUUUUUCUGUUUGCUUAUGAAAAUUAAUAAAAAGAAUUUAAAAAAAAAGAAGAAAGCACGUCAAAGUGCAAGUAGAUAAAUAGGUACCACUCCAGCAGAAAGGUAAGCGGCGUUUCCGUGCGCUGCUCUGAUUCACCAGAAGCGGCUUAGUCAUGCUGGCCACAUGACCCGGAAGCUGUAUGCCGGCUCCUUCAGCCAGUAAAGCGAGAUGAGCGCCGCAACCCCAGAGUCGGCCACGACUGGACCUAAUGGUCAGGGGUCCCUUUACCUUUACUAAGAGUUCGCCAUCUGUCACUUCCACAAUCUCUUACAAUCCCCAUAAUAAUAUUAUUUAUGCAUUUUCAAAUUAAAUUUAUAUACCACUCUUCAUCCAAAGAGCACCGGGUGUAUGUGUGUUAUGGUAUACUGUUAUACCAUCCACCUAACUCCCAUCCUCCCCGGUCAGGAUGGCCAGGAAUCAAGGAUGAUAGGAGUUGUAGUCCAGAAGCAUCUCAUUACACUAGACAUCCUGUCUGAGGCACAAAAGCCAGGCAAAGGCAACCGAGAGAUUACUUGUCAGGCUCUAAGCAGGCGUUGGUGGUAGGGAGAAGUGGCUGGAGUGAGCGGCACUGCCUCUAAAAUCCAAACAAGCCAAAAUGGGCCAAAGUAAGUUGGUAAUUCUUGUUACCGACACCCCACCCACAAAAAGCUCCCCAGUCAAUUCAACCCCAGCUAGGGGCAGUGGCAAACCUACAUUUUUGGGGGGGGGGUGCUGAAGCUUGAACGGUUAUGGGGACCCCUUUGCAAGCAGCAACAAGGUAUGGGUAACCACUGUUAUCUUCUUUAAAGGGGUUGUUCCACAACAGAUCACCACUUUCAAAAAAAAAUUGCUACGUUUCAGAUUUUGAUUAAAAUUGCUGUACAGUGGUACCUUGGGUUAAGUACUUAAUUUGUUCCGGAGGUCUGUUCUUAACCUGAAACUGUUCUUAACCUGAAGCACCACUUUAGCUAAUGGGGCCUCCUGCUGCUGCCGCGCCGCCGGAGAACGAUUUUUGUUCUCAUCCUGAAGCAAAGUUCUUAACCUGAGGUACUAUUUCUGGAUUAGCGGAGUCUGUAACCUGAAGCGUAUGUAACCUGAGGUACCACUGUACUAGAUUAUCUCACCCGUCAAGGUCAGUGAUGCAAAUUAAGAAUUCCUAUGCCUUACUGUUUUCGAGUUAUGGGGAGGGGGUAAAAAUUAAGGAGCUGCAUCAUAGAAUGAUGAAAUUGAGUCUACUAGAGCACACACACCCCCUUUGGUGUGGACCAAAAAUGGCUUCUGGGCCCCUCCAGGAUUAGGGGCCCUGAAGUUUAAGGUGCGUCAUUCCUGCACCGCAGGGAGUUGGAUUAAAUGACCUUUGGGGUUCCUUCCAGCUCUACAAAUUCUAUAAUUCUAAUAGCAGAUCCACCCUGGCUGGGGGGCGGGGUGCCUUUGAAGGCCUGUCCCCCACCCCUUGCCCAGCCUGACAUUGGCACUCUGGUCUGGGGCACUCGGGCGGAGGACCCCCACCCCACCAAAGACGGGGAGUGAAUGGGGCCGUGCAGGAUAACGCGGAGAAGGAAGAUGCGCCGGGAGGGGGGGGCGCGACCGCUGCGCCCUGGCCGCACCCGCCGCCGCCAGCAGGGCCCGGCGCCGCUCGCUGGCCGCCAGCCGGGGGGAGGGGUCCAGAGGCUCCGUGCGGUCGCGGCGGAGCCGGAGCUGCUUCUGCUGCACCAGAGCAGGGGCGGCAGCAAGGGAAGCAGCAGCAGCAGCAGCAGCAGGCGCGGCCGGGGGCGGAAGUCCUUUGUUGCUGCAGCCGGAGGAGGCGGCCGCGGCGCCGGGAGAGCAGCUGGCCGCCCCUCGAGCCCCCGCGCGGCGCGCCUGCCUGCCUCGUCCUCCCGGAUCCCGCGCCCCGCAUGCCUGCAUCGGCCUCGGGUAAGUGGGGCGCGGGGCGCAACCACGGCGCCAAGACGCUCGCUUCCCCGGGUAGAGCUUGCGCAGGCCGCGGGAGGAGAGAGAGCCUCCCUGGGUGGCGCAGCGCCGGAGCGCGCGGAGAGAGGCGCGCGGCAGCCGGGCCGAGGCCUCGGGCCUGGGGGAAGCCGAGCGCAGCGCGAUCGCGGAAGGGCAGCGCCCGAUCGCAGGCGGAGAAGCGUGCGCCCGCGGUUGGAGAGGCUGGUUCCGGCAUCGUCUCUCUCUCUCUCUCUCUCUCUCUGCGCGCGCUCCGGAGAGGGAAAGGCGGCGCUAGCUGGCGCGCCCGGCCUUGGCUGCAUCGGGGUUUCCCGGCCGAGGCCUCUGGAGCUGCUUCCCCGCCCUGCCCCGCUGGAGCCAUGUGGCUUGCGCCCUGCGCCGCCAUCGGCGCUCUCUUUGGGGGAGAGGGGAGGGCGAGAGGCGAGGCGGCAGGGCGCCCCUGGCGGCGCAGAUCCUUCUGCCGGCAAAACGUGGGUCCGGGGGUCGGGAGCGGCGGGGGAGAUCGAGGCAGUGCCUUGGAUCCGGGAGAUCCAACUGCUCUCUUAAAGCCGAGGUUCCACGGGCAUUUCGUCCUGCGUUGGAAUGGGCUGUCUAACUUUUCAUACCUAGUGGGCCGCAGAAGUACUUGGACACGAACCCCAGACCGGGUGGUGGGUGACGAAGCUAAAAUUUGACACCUUCCCCCCGCCCUCGUGCUGUCUUCCCAAAGAAGGAGGCAUGGGGCUCUGGCAGGACCCUAGAGCCCUCCUACCUUCUUCCCCAAGCUGGGAAAAUGCGAACUAGGCUAUGGGAAGAUGGGCACCUCCUUCCCAAUGCCCAGAUCCUGGUUUACCUGGUUUUGGGAAGGCAGUGCAAGGGCUGGGGCAAGGUGUCAGAUGUUGCCAAAGGACUGCUGGACCCCCCCUGAUCUAGACUCUUUCCUGCUUUGGUGAAUCUGCAAUGCCUGUGGUUCACAAGUCACAGUUUUUUUCCUGCUCUUGGAAUCAUUGAAUUAUAGAGUGGAUUGGGAGGCAUCCUGAGCAUCAUCUAGGCCACCCCCCUGCAAUGCAGGAAUAUGCAGCUGUCCCAUGUGGGGAUCGAACCUGCAACCUUGGCAUUAUCAGCAACACGCUCUAAUCAAGCAAGCUAAUCCAGGCUCUGAAUAUGGCCUACCUUAAAAACUAUGGCCCUUUAGGAUACUCUGCUGUGAGUACUCCUUGAACUGCUUACUCCAAACUGCACUGAGAUUUGUGGUUGUAAAUUUAUAGGUAUGUUUAUGCUCUACCCCACUCUCUGUUUCUUCCAAAUUUGCUUCACUCUCCAGUGAAACUGUCAAGCCCAGGGAGUGCUGAGGCUUAUCAGUUGUCAAAGAUAACUUAGGUUUGGUUUUUAAAUGUUCCUAUGGCAGCGGUGCAAGGUGGGAAGUUCAGAAUUGUCUCCACCCCCAUCGUUCUGCGGGGACACUGAGGUCCAGUGCCGAGGGCCUUCUGGCGGUUCCCUCACUGCGAGAAGCCAAGUUACAGGGAACCAGGCAGAGGGCCUUCUUGGUAGUGGCUCCUGCCCUGUGGAAUGCCUUCCCACCAGAUGUCAAAGAGAUAAACAACUACCAGACUUUUAGAUGACAUCUGAAGGCAGCCCUGUUUAGGGAAGCUUUUAAUGUUUAAUAGACUAUUGUAUUUUAAUAUUCUGUUGAAAGCCACCCAGAGUGGCUGGGGAAACCCAGCCAGAUGGACGGGGUAUAAAUAAUAAAUUAUUAUUAUUAUUAUUAUUAUUAUUAUCAUGUAUAAAACCUGUUCUCAAGUGUCGCCAACCUCUGAAAAAGGGGCACUCUGGAAAGGACACCCUUUCUUCCAGGCGUGCUCUUAUACCAAAGCCUCAUACUUUAGUGGUGGAACACAUGCUAUGCAUGCAGAAGGUCUCCGGUUCAAUCCAGUACUCAAAAUUUGCCAGGCACGUUUUGCACCUGGCCAUUGGCCACCUGCGACCAACUGAAGAUGCCCGAGUGCCAGGAUGGCGCCUGACGUCUCCACCACCUGGAGUUGCAUCCCUGGGGAUCCUUGGAUCCCGAUUUGCACACACUAAUAACCCAAAAAUGGCAACUAGGCAUUCCGUUUGGUGACUGUAACCCUGGUUUAAGGAGCACCUAGAUUAUAUAUUUGUGUUUCUAACAAGGGAUCAAUUCUUCCCUAACAACACCGGUUAAAAACAGUACUCGGCUAUUUGGAUGGAUGGUCUAAUGUGCCAUAAGGUGACUUCCUGUGCCCAUCCAUGUCUUUUUCACAGACCCCUUGUUCAGAAUAGUAUUGCGCUGGCUUGGUCGCCUGUGGUGAGCAGGAGUUUUCUGCAGGUGACCAGACAAGGAAGCUUUUUCAUGGUCUUAUUCUCAACAAUGCAGGAGCAGAAUCCGACGUUGUGAGAAAUCUUAGGGUCAUAGGAAGCUUCCUCCUACAGAGCCAGACCAUUGUUCCAUCUAGCUUAGUAUUGUCUACACUUAGUGGCAGCAACUGUCUGGGGUUUGAAGCAGGAGUGCUGCCCUGCUCUGUCUGGAGAUGCCUGAGAUUGACCCAGGACACUUGCAUGCUAAAAAUGUACCACCGAACCAAUAAAUCCAACGUUACCAGACUCCAUGCAUCUGUGGUUAAAGUAAUUAUCUGGAACCGCCAUCGGAUGUGACGCUAACAAGAAAACUGCCCCCCUCCUGCAUUGUGGUAGAUUUUCCCAUGCAUUAUUUCCUGUCUCCUCCCAAUUGGGAGAACUGAUCCUUGGAAUCUAAGGAAGCCUUGCACAGUUGGGCCAGACCUAUAGCAAGACCAGCUGAAAUGGCACAAAAUAAAGAGCCAGCUUUUGAGUUGUCCAGGGCUCUUGGUCAGGCUUGAUGUUGGAACACACCCAUGGGGUUGGGGGAGAAAAAAGCUGCCUUGAUUCUUAAGCCACAAAAACCUGCAUUUGGUCAGAUUCCACUGCGCUCCAUCUCAAGUGCAACGCAGGAGGAGAGAUCGCUCUUGCAGUGCAAUUCUUGCAUGUCUGCUCACUACCCUUAGUUCAGUGGCUCUUGCUCCCAUGCCUCAUAGGAUUGCAGGCAGUGCAGACAUGCACCAGCUUGCUCUGAUAAUUGGAUCAGCUCUCCUGGGUGCUGCGUAGGUUUCAGGCUGCACUUAGCAACACGGGGACAAAGGCAAGCCGGGGUGGUGUAGUGAUUAGAAUGUCAGGCAGGCUAGGACCUGGGAGACCAGGGUUCAAAUCCACACUCAGAUUUGAAGUUCAUGGGGCAACUUUCGCGCAGGCACUGUCUCUCAGUCUAACCUGCCUCUCAGGGUUGUUGUAGUGGCAGGGGAUGGGGAUGGAAAAGAACCAAGCAGGCCAUCUUGAGCUCCUUGGAGGAAAAGGGGGGUAUAGAUGUAAUUUGCACAGAAGGCACUUUGGUAGCCAGUCCUCAAUGUUUUAAAAUGCCUUCAGCGAGGUGGGCAGGAAACACGCUGGACGAGUAACUUGGGAAGAUCAUUAUCAUCUAUAGUGGCUGGCAAAUGGUUCUCCAGGAUUUCAAGCAAGAUCUUUCUCCAGCCUUAUCAGGAGACGCCAGGGAUUGAACCUCUGUCCCUGAGCUACGGGGAAGAAACCAGGGGGCUCCAGGAGUCUGCAUUUGAGGGGUGAGCCUCAGCAGGUUCCCCGCCACGCCGCCCCUGCAGAAAAGCAAACCACUUUUUUUUGGCUGCAAGAAUGAAAUGUUUUUCCCCUCCUUAAUCCUGCGGCUCAGAAGUUUGGGAAUGGCAUUCCUCUCGAAAGAACCGAGCCCCCGUUACCCAGGCCUCCUCCCCAGUAACAGAGAAUCGGUACCUCUCUCUCGCUUUCUCUCUUUGCAGAAUUACUCUUGGCUUAAUUUGCUCAGAAACAUUCUGUUAGUUGGCCUCCAACCAACUAAUAUUUGUUUUGUUUUAUUUUUGUCCCACUCGGGCAACGCAAGCCUGGGAAACCUCUCUCAGUGUUGCCUUAGUGCAUUCAGUCAGCCGGAGCCAUGACGCUUAGGGAAUUGUGCAAAAACCGUGGCGGAAUUUCUUCUUCUUCUUCUUCAUUUCAAAGAAAUGCUCUUCUUGCAUUAGUGGGCAGAGAGGUGGGCGGAUGAGAAUGGAGGACAAGUUGCAGAAGCAGGAAGCCAGCGUGUGCCUGCCCGGCUGAUAGAUAACUUGCGUGAAGACCGCUUUGCAUUUCCCUGUUAAGUUUCUCAGAGGCGGAAUCUGUUCCGCCCUGCAUGCUUUCUCACCGCAUUUUGUGUGUGCGUGCAAUCGUGCUUUUGCCCAUUGCUGCUCUGUCGGACUGUUUGUUGCAAACCAAUAUAGCCGGUGAUGUCAUGAGCGGCAUGUGAACCGGAGCUCUCGCUGCUUAGGCAACCGCUCCUGCAGAAGGCAAAACAGGAGGAGAUGCCGCGAGUCUUCCUUGGCUUGGAGACAUCGCUCGCCUCUGCUGCGUUUCAUGCGUUAAGGCCCCUCUCUCCGCCCCCUUUGCAGUUUACUUCAAGUUUAUUUAUUUUUUCAAUGCUCUAUAACAGAAGCCUCGCGCUCAUCGCGGUCGGGGAAGGAGCGCCGCCGCAGCUACGCCUGGCUCACAGUUGUUAGGAGGAUGUCGGAAGGAUGUGGAAAGGAUGGUGAUAACAAAGUUUAGGAAGCGAGUUGGACGAAGCGAAGCUGCAGGAAUUGGGCAGGUUUGGUGGCUCAGAUCGGGGAAGGGCGCAGCGGCAGAGUAUCCGUCAACUUUGCAUGACAUAGAUCCCAAAUUCAGGACCGGGAGAGAGACUCCUGCUUGAAGAGCUGAUGCUGGUCAGUGUAUACACAAUGCUCUAGACCAGCCUGUCGCAACUUGUGGGUCCCCAGAUGUUGUUGAAUUACAACUCCCAUCACCCCUAGCUAGCAAGGCCAGAGCACAGGGAUGAUGGGAGUUGUAGUCCAACAACAUCUGGGGACCCACAGGUUGAGAACUGCUGCCAAACCGAUGGUCUGGCUUGGUAUAAGGCAGUUCCUUGCAUCCCUUCGUGAUUCCUCAAGCCCUGCCAGCACCUGUGGCAAGAGGCUUGUUGUCCUGAGCCACCCACCCAGAGCUCCUCAUUUUCUCUUCUUCUGACACACUCCGGAGAGGCUGCCCUCUUGGAGGUUUGAGAUGUUGUGUGGAUGUAGUUUGAUGCAUCCUGCGUUGAGGAGGGAUGCUGAGCCGCCUGUAGCAUUGUGGUCAUUGGCAGGGCACGACGCAGGCGUUUUGAUCUUCCCGUGGGUCUUGUUUGUCUGUAAGGAUGUAAAAGCAACUGUGGGGUGGGAGGGGAGGAAGAGUUGGGUUGGCAUGGGGCAGCAGCCAUUUCCUCCCCGCCUUGCAUUCCUAAUCGAAAUGCCUUGCCCCCGGACAUCCAGCUUGCAGAUACAGGAACCUGCGUUUUUCUUUUUCUUCACACCUUUGGAAGAAUGCUUUAGACCAGGGGUCAGCAAACUUUCAGCCGGGGGCCGGUCCACUGUCCCUCAGACAUUGUCGGGGGCCGGACUAUAUUUUUUUUUGGGGGGGGAUGAACGAAUUCCUAUGCCCCACAAAUAACCCAGAAAUGCAUUUUAAAUAAAAGCACACAUUCUACUCAUGUAAAAACACGCUGAUUCCCAGACCGUCCACGGGCUGGAUUUAGAAGGCGAUUGGGCUGGAUCUGGCCCCCGGGCCUUAGUUUGCCUACCCAUGCUUUAGACGAGGAAAGCAGUGUGGAAGGAAAGAGUUAAAUGUGCACAGGCUCCCUCUUGCUACUGCCUUGAUUGGGAUCAGUGCCUCCCUAUUCCUGGCUGCUGCUUUUGAACUUUCCGGAAAUCCGACCAAGGAUCUUCCGUGUCUCCUGUGGCCCUAAAAGCCUGAGCUGCAAAUCAGGACGUCUGUGAUUAGACUCUGGCCCCAGCCACAAACUCGUUAUAUGUGGCUUUUUGCCUGUUAGCCUCAGUCCGUUACACUCACCCACCUCUUAACCCCACUUCACAGAUCCCUCAAUGUGUUUUAAAGAUUACAAGACAGGAACACCUAUUGAGUGCUUUGCACGCUGUAUAAAUGCUACACACUACUCAGGAGGUUGUGGACUCUCCUUCGUUGGAGGUGUUUAAGCAGAUAUUUGGGAUGUUUAAGUUGAAAUGCCUGCAUUGCAGGGGACUGGACUAGUUGACCCUCGGGGUCCCUUCCCACUCUACAGUUCUGUGAUUCUAUGAUCCCUAGACAUAACGGGAGAUUUUGUGUGGGAAUAGAUGAGCAACGUGCAGCUAAAGUGCCUCGUUGGUUGCACCCCACAGAGACCUGGGUUCAUUUUCCCAUUGAGCUACGAAGCUUCCUGGUUGCCCUUGGGCCAUUAUUGUAUCUUAAUAAUUAUUCUUCAUUCAUUGAUGUAGGAAUACCCUUUUAAAAUAUGUCUAGAGGAGAUUGACAGACACCACCAUAGGAACAGCUAGAAACCAUUUUCAAAACAGUACGAAAUCAACUGGAAAAGGUACGAAAUGAACACCUAAGGCAGAUACUUUUCUCAUUCAUCUGGGAAAGCUUGUUGAAACAACAACAAAAAUGUCUUCGGUUGUUUUUGGAAAAUACAGAUAGUGGGAAUCUGUUUUAUCUCAAUAGGAAUGCUGUUCAGCGACAGCCUUACUGAAGGCUCUGCUGCAGGUUCCCAUUCAGUCUUCCUUAGCCUAACCUUCCUUACAGGGUUGUGAUAAUACACUAUCCUGCAAGUGUGUGUGUAAAUAAACUGUAAAAGUGAUGGCAGUGUUUCUCUUGCACAUCUCAUAGAAGAAUAUGCCUUAUGAACAAUUGCAGCUUAGGAUUUUCCAACGUAUUGGAAGCCAUUGGUAUCUCACUAGAAAGGCUUACCUGAAGUCAUAAGUCUUUGACUGCAGUUAACUCAGGCUAGAGAUAAAAGAAGGCAGGGGAGAGAUAAGUAUGCAGUUUGGAAGAGAGCUUGUUUUGGCUGCAGGAAACCCUGGUCAUAUCCCCACUCAGCCAUGAAGCUCCACUGAGCAGUUUCCCUGUUCAUCUGUCUUCCUGUCCUUCUCCCUCCCUCUGUUUCCUGCCUGCCUUCUUGGGAGAAUGAAAUGAGGCAACCGCCAUGAAAAGCCGCUCUGAACUCUUUGGAGGAAGAUUGGGAUACGGAUGUUUGCAAAAAUGGAAACACUGUUUGGUGCCACCCCCUAAAAGCAAGUUUGCUUAAUAAGAUCGCCAUCAUGUUGCAUUCAUUGCUCUAAAGGAUGGUGGCAAUUUGCUCCAUAUGUUGGGCUGCUGUUGACGUAUGUGAACUGGCACCUGGUUUCCUGAGGCUAGAGAACCAUCUCCCUGCCGCCCAAGAGGAAAGCUUUUGUGAACUGGAUGAAUGUGGAGUAUGCAUUUGCUUCUGUUGAAACUGCUGUCUUAUACAAAGUCAGGCCACAGGUCUGAUGGGCUCACUUUUGUCUACACUGGCUGGCAGCAGCAGCUGUCUAGGGUUUCUGAUGGAGUAGCUCUCCCAAUCCUACCUGGAGAUGCUGGGGAUUGAACCUGGAACCUUCUGCAUGCCAAGCAAAUGAAUGACCUGCUUGUCACAUAGAGCCUCUAUCUAGAAGCAUCCAUAUGGACUCUCUCCUUGGAGCUUUCAAAGCAGAGGUUGGAUGGGCAUCUGUCAUGGAUGCUUUAGUUGAGAUUCCUGCACUGCAGGUCGUUGGACUAUCAGGUGCACAACCUAUGGCCCUCCAGAUGUUCUUGGACUACACCUCCCAUCACCCCCAAUCACUGGCUGUGCUGUCUGGGGCUGAUGGAUAUUGUAGUCCAGAAACAUCUGGAGGGCCUCUGGACUAGAUGAUUCUCUGGGCCCCUUCCAACUCUGCAAUUCUGUGAUUCUAUAAUUCCUGCUCCUUUCUUUUAAUUCUUCUUGCUAGUGUUGGUAUAUUGAUGAUUGCUAUGCUUUUGACUCUGUAGGCAUUCCUUUUGUACAUCGCCUAUUUCUGCAUUGUGUGGCAAAUAAUAACAAUAAUGAUGAUAUUAAUAUGCAGACUUGUAACCUCUGUGGAUCCAUUUGCAAGGCCUCAUAAAAGGCCCUUCUUAGCAGUCCUGUUUUGCAACAGCGACGUCUCUCUCAUUAUUAGGAAUCCAGCAUAUUUGCCGUAGCUCUGUCCCACUUUUGGCAGCAAGCCUGCCUAUUUUUGGAGACUAUGGAGAGAUCACAUUGUGGUACGGUGGAGCUCCAGCCUCUCAGUAACAAACUCCUUGCAUGCUUGUUUGGCAGAGCUUGGGUUGGGGGAAUGUGAAAACUGGCAAAUUGUUUUCUUUAGCAAAAAGGGCUAAGGACCACAACGCAGAAGUAAAAUUGCCCCUUCUCCUAAUCAUGAUUAGGAACACCCCACCAUAUUCUCUUUCCCUGCCCCCUCCAGCAAAUUUGCUCUUCUUUGCAUGAUCGGAGUGAACAUGACAUUUGCAUUCAUCUUAAUUCUAACCAAGUUCUAUUCAUGGCUACAAACCUGCGAGUUUUGCUUACCAUGGUUAGCUCUGCGAGGGGAAGGUGAGGAGGACGCACAUAAAAGGGGGAAAGCAGAGCAUGAUCCUGUGAACGUGAAGAGGGAGAAGCAAGCUGCUAGGGCACUUGGGAUCGCCUUGCUAUGCUUGGGGAUUUCCUUAAAGAAAUCGGUAUUUUUCCAUGAGCCCUUAGAAAGCAAGUCUUUGCUGUUUGCAGCCCAUGAUGGUUUCAGCAAACUCUUUCUAAUAUGUCCUAAGAUGAGCAUUAGGUUUUUAAAUAGUUCCUGCAUGGUCAAACAGGCACAGAGAAUGGGAAAAUCCUAAAUGAGGCAUGGAUUCCUUUUCACCACAGUCCCAAACAAGGACAAAAUAUGUUGGUGGUUGUUGACAUCCAUACGUCUUGGAAGAUAGUAGAGCAGUGAUGGCCAAACUUGGCCCGCCAGCUGUUUUGGGACUACAGCUCCCAUCAUCCCUAGCUAACAGGACCAGUGGUCAGGGAUAAUGGGAAUUGUAGUCCCAAACUAGCUGGAGGGCCAAGUUUGACCAUCACUGUAGUAGAGGAAUGUGCCUUUGGGGUAAUGGUCACCCAUGCUAGAUGCACCCUAAACUAGGGUCUUAUUUAGACAGUAGCAUCUGUUGCUUCUGGUUCAGUUCCAUAAUGGAAAAUGGACAAAUGAAUGUGCAGUAAGUUGCUAUGGGAAGAGGCAAUCCCCCCCCCCCCUUUUACACACACAGACUCUGGGUGAUUUGGAUGGACAGGCACUAGCUCAGUUUGCAUCAUUCUCUGCCUCUACAGUACUAUAAUGUUAUUGGACCCCCCCCCCCCAAGUAUGGGAGUGGUUGAAUGACCCCAUAGCAUUUCGCAGCAAAGCAGCAAAGCCAAAUCACAUUUCCAAGUGUCUGCUGUUAACAGAAGCUGAAACAUAUUGUGUGCACUGCAAAUGCAGCACAUGGGGCCUUUCUGCAAUGUGCAGAGCUGAAUUAACCAUCGUCCUAAAUAUCAUACAGUGCAGUUUGGAGAUUCCACCAUGGAGAAUUGAGGCCCCCCCCCAUUCUUUUAAAACCCUCACAGCUGAAAACUCAGUACUUUUUUGUCACAUGACAGGGGAGUGGCAAUGAUAUGAGGUCAUUAAAACCAAAAUGCAGCCCGCUUAGCAAGAAAAACAGGAUGGCUACAAAUCUCUGCAAUGUGCUUUUUGAGUAGGUGCGCACACCUGCCCUGGGCUGCAUUGGGGCAAGCGUUUCACCACAACUUUACUGCUCAGGAAGUGCCCCGUUUCUUUAGUCUAGAGGCCCAUCAGCUCCUGUGACUGGUGACCAGGAUGAGGCCUUGGGAUUGGACCAGCCAGACAAAUACUAGAAACUGGGUCUUUUUGACUUGCAUAAUUAGCACAGCAUAAUACCUUGCCUGCUUCACUCCAGUUCCCGCUGCAGCACAUAAUACCCUUUUUAUGUAAUUCUGAACACAGUUCUUUGGAAGUAAGAGCCUGGCAAGAUGUUAUUCCUAGGGUCCUGCAGCAUGGUACUUUUAGACACCACAUUGCCCCUGGACCUUCUGCUUUGUGCUCUAUCCCUCCUGAUUUGAUUUGAUUUUAAUUACAUAUCAGUGGUGGCUGGGAGGAUGGAUGGAUUUUACUUAGAUGACUGAAAUUAAUAAGAAAAAAGGCUGAUUUAAAUCACUCAGCUGUUUUGCCGCAGUGUCCAUGAUGUUUUCUAAGGUUUCAAAAUCAUCCCCCAGGUCCAAAAAAGCUGGAGACCUGUGCAUUUCCCAUACACGUAGACCACAAAUCUUGCCUUGUAAGACUACUGAAGACUUGCAGGAGCCAGCUAGAGAAAACUUGCGGGGGGGGGCCAAACAUACAAGAAAGCAGGAGCUGCUGGCCACUUUUUCUUCUUCUCUUUAUCUCUCAUUAUCUUUCAGAGGCUAAUUUUCCCUGGAACAUACCCCUCCCAACUCAUUGGAACGGUUAGUUGCUGAGCUGUGCCAAAGAAGCAUCUGCUUCCCUGUGAGGCCUUGUGAGAUCUGAGCGCACGCUCCUGCUUCUCUGUGCAGCAGCUUGAAAUCCUGCGCCGCCAGCCUUCAGGGGGAAAUCUCAACAAGCGGAGCUCCACUAGGCAUGGUUACUUUUCACACGGCAUGUGCGAUGUGUCACCAGACUCUUAAGUCACGUUGAUUUCAAUGAAGCUUUUUCUCCCACCUAGGAAUUCUAGGAUCACAGCCUACCCUCUCCAGCCCCUGCGAGUAUUUUUUAUUUAUUUAAUCUUUUAUAUCCCACCUUUCUGUCAUGGAACCCAAGUUGGCAUACAUGUGGGCCCCGCGUAGGCACAGAUGCAGGCCUGCUUGGCUCCAGCACCGUGCCUUCAGACUUUUAGUACCCUGGGUAGAGGCAGGGAAGCCAGUGAGUAACCCCAGCACACACACAACACAGAUUCCCUGAGGUCUACUGUGCCUCUUAUUCAACUCCAGAAGCAUAUCAAAAUGCAUUCAUCCUUGGCUAGUAUGGUAAUCAGUUAGGGCAAAGAUAACCAGCAUGGUGCCUUCAAAUAUGUUGCUGGACUACAACUCCCAUCAUCCCAGGCCAUUUGCUAUGCUGGCUGGGGCUGAUGGGAGAUGGAGUCAAACAGAAGCAUUAGAAGGGUACCAUGAUGUUGGCCAUCCCUUGGUUAGGAUCAUGAGGUAGUGGGGCUCUUCUUGUUUCAGUUGUCAAAACCUAGCUGAUAGCUGUAUAUAUGUUUUUUCUCUCCUCCUCCUCCUCCUCCCUUUUCCUCUUGUUUGCACAGGGCCGUGAUUCUGGCGCAAAAUGGCAAGGACCAGCCACAGCAGCUAUGUCCUCCAGCAGCUCAACAACCAAAGAGAGUGGGGUUUUCUCUGCGACUGCUGCAUUGCGAUUGACGACAUCUACUUCCAGGCGCACAAAGCCGUCCUUGCCGCCUGCAGCUCUUAUUUCAGGAUGUUUUUCAUGAGCCAGCAGCACAGCACAGCGCAACUGAACCUCAGCAACAUGAAGAUCACGGCCGAGUGCUUUGAUCUCAUUUUGCAGUUCAUGUAUCUGGGGAAAAUCGCGACGGCCCCCAACAACUUUGAGCAGUUCAAGGUGGCCAUGAACUCGCUGCAGCUGUACAACGUGCCGGAAUGUCUGGAAGACAUACAGGACACAAACUCCUCGGGUUUGCGGUGCUCCUCUUCCGCUUCCAGCACCCAAAAUAGCAAAAUGGUCUUUGGCGUGCGGAUGUACGAAGAGACGCUGACCCGAAGCGGGAGUGAAGCGAGCAGGUGCGGUGCUGAGCCUCCAAGUUCGACGGUGAGCACAUCCCAGAGCAGGGAGGUCAGCGACGAAGCUCUGCGGCUGAGCAGCUUAUCCGAGCAGCCGUUGGAGAGCUGCAAAGGGAGCGUUGUGCGCAAGGCCUCUGGCGCCAAAGACCGAGUGUCCAUAUCGCGCCGCUUUGGGAGGAGCUUCACCUGCGACGGCUGCGGCUUCAGUUUCAGCUGCGAGCGGCUGCUGGACGAGCACAUCAUGUCCUGCACGAACAGGCACUCCUAUCAGAACGCCAGGUAUUACGGGGCCGAUAAGAAAGACGGCGGCGAGAGAGACUCCACCCUUAAAACCCCAUCUCCCCAGCUGGACGAAUUCAAAGCAGAGGCAAGCCAAGCGACGGAUGGGUCAUCCUCCCCAGCGUCGAAUGUAACUAGCGGGAAAGGCACUAGCGUUUCAUUGGAGGCGCUGGGCAAACAGCGGAGUCGAGCCAUGGAGAGGAAAAGGAUCAUUGUUAAGGUGGAGCCAGAGGACAACCCCAUCAACGACCUGAAAGAGUUUAACAUUAUUAAGGUGACCGACGGCAACGAUUCCACUGACAAUGACGACCUGGAUGAUGAUGACCCGGUUUACAGGUACUACAUUGAGGAAGAGGUCAGUGAAAACAGGCGUGUUAGGAAAGCUUUCUUAAAACCCCACAUGCCUAUUGAUGAGGAGGCCAGGAAAUAUUUUAGAAGCGCCAGGGUCCUUAACAGUAAAGUCAGUGCCGCCGAGGAGGGCCCGGAAAACGCGUCCUGUGAACUGUGUGGGCAGACAAUCACUGAGGAAGACCUCUCUUCUCAUUACUUGUCCAAGCACAUAGAAAACAUAUGUGCGUGUGGGAAAUGUGGCCAGAUAUUGGUGAAAGGGCGCCAGUUGCAGGAUCAUGCGCAGUCCUGCGGGGAGCCCCAAGACUUGACCACCAAUGGCUUAAGGAACAUGGAGGAGAAAAUUGACUUGGAAGAAAGCCCCGAGGAGCAAUCUGAAAUUCAGGAGAUGAUGUAUGUGGAGAUGCUGGAUGAGUUCGGAGACGGCCAUUUCCAGAUGAACAGUCUUCCGAAGAAACAGCUCUAUAGGGAUUCAGCUUGCCCCUUCCGGUGCCCUAACUGCGGCUUGCGUUUUGAGACGGAGAAUUUGGUGGUUGAGCACAUGUCCAGCUGCCUGGAUCAAGAUCUGUUCAAGAAUGCCAUGAUGGAAGAGAAUGAAAGAGACCAUCGACGCAAGCAUUUCUGCAAUCUUUGCGGGAAGGGCUUUUAUCAGCGUUGCCACUUACGGGAACACUACACGGUGCACACCAAGGAAAAACAGUUUGCUUGUCAGACAUGCGGCAAGCAGUUCCUAAGAGAGCGCCAGUUGCGCCUUCACAACGACAUGCACAAGGGCAUGGCCAGGUAUGUCUGCUCCAUUUGUGACCAAGGAAACUUCCGGAAGCACGAUCAUGUCCGGCACAUGAUAUCCCACCUGUCAGCUGGAGAGACAAUAUGCCAGGUCUGCUUUCAGAUUUUCCCAAAUAACGAACAACUCGAGCAGCACAUGGAUGUUCACCUCUAUACAUGUGGCGUAUGUGGCGCCAAAUUUAAUCUGAGGAAAGAUAUGAGAUCUCACUAUAAUGCCAAACAUUUGAAAAGAACAUGAAUGCAUAAUAACGCUUAUUGGCAAGAACUAAAACAAAAGCAAGUGGAACACCAAAGCAUAGCAAACAAUCAUACAUUUUUUUAAAAAAUUUAAAUUGCCUGUUUUGAAAUGUUCUGGUUUUGUUUGUUUGUUUAAAAGAACCUUUAAAUCAUGUGCUUCUUCAUUUAGGCUGCAAUCCUAUGCUCACUUACCUGGAAGUAAGCCCCAGUGAACUUAAUGGGACUUUCUUCUAAGUAAAUAGUUAUGGAAUUGCACUGUUAGGGUAUUAAAGUUCAUAAAAAGCACCAAAUGUUUAAUUAUUGCAUUUUUACUCUUGCCUCAUGUUAAGUUCUGUUUCUGUGUUUCCCCCCCCCCCUGCUUUCUUAAGUAGAUGAAUCAAAUCAUUAUUUUUAAACUCUAGACUUCAAAAGCACACUGUAGUAUUACCUGAAUCACCGGCUUCUAUUAAACAGCUUCUCAGUUCCAAUAAUGUAAGCUGUCUCCUUUUCUAUUUCCAUGUGCAUAGAAUCAAAGAAUUGUACAGCUGGAAGGGACCCUGAGAAUUAUCUAGUCCAACCCCCCGCAAUGCACAAAUAUGCAGCUGUCCCAUAUGGGGAGUAAACUUUCAUGUGAAAAUCAAGACUGCAUAAUGUUUAAUAUGUACAGGGAUUGGGAAGAAAUAUCCACUGGCCACACCCCAACACAUAGCGUAAGCAUGCUUAAGCCUGUUGAAAUCAAUGGGCUGUGUUGGACUGUACCUAUUGAGUGGUAGUCAGCUAAGUUUUACUCAAGAGUAGACCCAGUGAAAUUAAUGUUACUAAGUUAGGACUAUUAAUUCCAGUGAGUACACUGAGUAAAACCCAUUGGGUUUAUAACUUAAUGUAUAUACUGGCUAUCACAGACAUCUUGUUUGAUAUUUAAAUCUCAUGAUCCAGAGCACUUUGGGUGACUUUAGUUCAUUCUGCAAUGCUAUCUUGGGGUGAAAUGAGAGAACUGCACAUCCACAGGAAUUCUCUGCUGUGCAGACGUGCUACAACAGAAAAAUCAGGAUGUUGCAGCAUAAGCACAUUGUAAAACAUCCAGGAUAUACUCUAAAACAGUCUUCCGCACCCUUGCCACUUUCCAUGCUUUGGACGACAACUCCUCUGAGGUCCACCUCCAAGGGACUUCCAGCAGUUCCCUGACUGCGAGAAGUGAACCUCCCAUGAAGGAGAUAAAGAACUACACAAUUUUUAGAUGACAUCUAAAGGCAGCCCUGUAUUGGGAAGUUUUUAAUGUUUUGACUUUUUAUUAUGUUUUUAUAUGCCCUAGAAGCCGCCCAGAGUGACUGGGGAGACCUAGCCAGAUGGGCGGGGUAUAAAUACUACUACUACUACUACUACUACUACUACUACUACUGUAUUAGCCAAAGCCUCAAUUAAUGGCUACCACAGUACCAAUUCUUCAUUAAAAAUAACAGGAAAAACUGGUGAUGAAGUGUGGGAGGAAUGAGCAGCCCAAUAAGGAGGAUACCUCAAGAUGCUUGUCCCAGAUCUAUGGUGCGAUGUCUACUUAAUGAGGGCCAAAAUUAUCUGUGUGAAACGUGGAAAAUGUAACUACCGUACACAACACCACCCUCAGUGUAAUAUCCUAUGUCUUACUGUGCAAUGACUGCAGAUCUGAACGGAGGCAGAGCUCUAGUUAGUGGGAAAGUUCUCUUUGUCUCUCAAGUUGCAAAACAGACUACAAGCCGUCUUUGAUUUUCACAUGCUACAGAAGCUUGUAUUGUUUCCAACCAUUCACCAUUUAGAAUGGUUUCAGUUGAUGUAUGAGCUCUGCCUGGUGACUAAUCUAAAACAUGCAUGCUUCUGUUGGAACAGAAAUAAAUGCUGGGUGGUUUGAAGAUUGCAAACUC